CCCCUCUCUGUUGGGCGGACUCCCCAUGGCCAGAGGCUGAGCUCCACUCCCGCCGGCCGCUCCCUAGGGGAAGGGAAAGAAGAGGAGAGAGGAGCGAGAGGCCGCCAGCGAGAGCGCGGGCAGCAUCUGCAGUCUCCAGAAGUUUGAGACUCGGCGGUGAGCGGACUUGUGCGCCCGGACUCUGCCGCGCCAGAGCCAGCGGAAAAGAGCAGGGGCUGCCUGGCCGCGGCGCGCCGGCUUUGUCAUGAUGGCCAGCUACCCCGAGCCGGAGGACGCCGCGGGGGCCCUGCUGACUCCGGAGGCGGGCCGCGCGGCCAAGGAGCCCGAGGCGCCGCCGCCGCCAAGCCCGGGCAAGGGCGGCGGUGGCGGCGCCGGGACAGCCCCGGAGAAGCCCGACCCCGCGCAGAAGCCCCCCUACUCGUACGUGGCGCUAAUCGCCAUGGCGAUCCGCGAGAGCGCCGAGAAGAGGCUCACGCUGUCCGGUAUCUACCAGUACAUUAUCGCCAAGUUCCCGUUCUACGAGAAGAACAAGAAGGGCUGGCAGAAUAGCAUCCGCCACAACCUCAGCCUCAACGAGUGCUUCAUCAAGGUGCCGCGCGAGGGCGGCGGCGAGCGCAAGGGCAACUACUGGACGCUGGACCCGGCCUGCGAGGACAUGUUCGAGAAGGGCAACUACCGGCGCCGCCGCCGUAUGAAGCGGCCCUUCCGGCCGCCACCCGCGCACUUCCAGCCCGGCAAGGGGCUCUUUGGCGCCGGAGGUGCCGCGGGCGGUUGCGGCGUGGCGGGCGCUGGGGCCGACGGCUACGGUUACCUGGCGCCCCCGAAGUACCUGCAGUCCGGUUUCCUCAACAAUUCGUGGCCGCUACCGCAGCCGCCCUCACCCAUGCCCUACGCCUCCUGCCAGAUGGCCGCGGCCGCAGCGGCUGCAGCAGCGGCGGCCGCCGCCGCGGGCCCAGGCAGCCCCGGCGCGGCCGCGGUGGUCAAGGGGCUGGCGGGCCCGGCCGCCUCGUACGGGCCGUACUCACGGGUGCAGAGUAUGGCGCUGCCUCACGGCGUAGUGAACUCGUACAACGGCCUGGGAGGCCCGCCUGCCGCGCCCCCGCCGCCGCCGCACCCUCAUUCACACCCGCACGCACACCAUCUGCACGCGGCCGCCGCACCCCCGCCGGCCCCACCGCACCAUGGGGCCGCCGCACCGCCCCCAGGCCAGCUCAGCCCCGCCAGCCCGGCUACCGCCGCGCCCCCGGCGCCCGCGCCCACCAACGCGCCCGGCCUGCAGUUCGCCUGCGCCCGGCAGCCCGAGCUCGCCAUGAUGCAUUGCUCUUACUGGGACCACGACAGCAAGACCGGCGCGCUGCACUCGCGCCUCGAUCUCUGAGAGCCCACCGCACGCCGGUUGUGAGGAUGCAGGGACGCGCGACGCCGGCUUCGGCCGCAACCGCCACCACCAGCCAGACCGCACGUCGCUGGGGCCGCCCCUGAGCCAGCGCCCGCCCGCGGCCCCUCAGCGCCUCCUCGCUCCCCUCGGCUCCUCUCGCUCCUCUUUGUCUUCGCUUCUCCUCCUGUGCUCGCCUCCCUGCCCUCUAUGCCCUUUCGCCCCUCCGGCCUGCAGGCCGCCUCUCCACGCGCUUUUGCCAGGCCUCGUCUCCUCUGGGCAGCCCAGGGACCGGGUUGGACACCCCUUGACAAUAUUCACUUCGGAGAGGAAGUGCCCGGGCCGAGGUGCAGCCGGGCGUCGGCGGCUCAGACCUCCUGGCCUUCUCUCACAGGUCGGUGCGCUCGCGCGCGGCUCUCCCCGCCCGGCUGCCGCGCCAUCCUUAGCUAGAAGCGCCGCCCUGGGCCGGCAACGAGACCCGCGCCGGCCGAGAAAGGGACGAACGUGUUUGCUCUGCGUACCCUCUGGGAGCUGUUCAGGAGCCCGCUGCCGGGGCCUACUCUGUAGGGCGGGGAUUGGGCCAGAGCAGGGAACCGUAGCCUUCUCCCUCGCGGCCUGCGCCCGGGUUUACACCGCAUCCUGGCUACGAGAAAAGCUGCAUUUCCUCCGAUCUCCAUCCCCGACCUUCGGGCCCCUCCAGGCCCGAGCGG